GAGAGCUUCUGUGAGCGGUAAAAAUAAACGGCAAUUAUUUUUUGCGAUGGAGAUACCAGAUUCUGACUGUUGAGGGCCAGGCAAAGAUUGUGCCUAUUCAUGUUUUUACUUUGCAUGAAAAAAAUCUCUUGAAAUGCACUCUGAAGAGUAUUUUAAAGUCCGUGUUGUGAAUGUGCCAGGAAAAAACAGCCCCAUCUUCCAAGUGCUGGUUACUCUUUUUAGUGUCUGAAUCAUUUGGAAACUUCCUUUUGGGUGUGCAGACAUUUCUUCUCUAUUGAAUAGCCAUGGAACACCUGGUGAAGGAGUUAAACAUUCUUCUGAAGCUGCUGGAGUGUGAGCAUGUGAGCUCAGCCACUGCAGAGAAGAUGAAUGUGGUCAGGAACUUGCUGGGACAGCUCCAGCCAUCAGUGACUGGAAGUGAAUUUAUAUACAUGAACACUACUCUCUGUGGGAAUGGUACCAGCUUUGUGGAAUCACUGUUUGAAGAAUUUGACUGUGACCUUAAGGAGCUCAGGGAUUCCUCUGAAGAGCUGAAAAUUCAGGAGGAAGAAGAGACAUUGAAACAUGCACCCUCAAAAUCAAGCCCUACAGACACGCCCCCUCCUCUGCCAACCACACCUCCUCCUGAGGAUUAUUAUGAGGAAGCUGUUCCACUAGAGCCAACUACCACACCUCAGUAUGUCACCCAAGGUAGUCCAAUAAAUUCAAUUGAGGAUGCCUAUUAUGAAGAUGCUGACAACAACUACCCUACUACUCAAAUGAAUGGCCCCUGCAAAAAUUCUUACAAUGACUCAGAUGCCCUGAGCAGCUCUUAUGAAUCAUAUGAUGAAGAGGAUGAGGAGGCUAAAGUCAGAGAAAAGACACAGCAGUGGCACUCAGAUGAGAGUCCCGUGGGCCCUGUGAAGGACUGUCACAAAUUCGCUUUCCUGCUACGAAAGAAACGGUUUGGUCAGUGGGCCAAACAAUUAACAGUCAUACGUGAGAACAGACUACAGUGUUUCAAGAACCCCAAGGAUCGUACACCACACACUGACCUGCCACUGAAUCUGUGCAGUGUCAUCUAUGUGUGUAAAGAUGGUCGACGCAAAAAGCAUGAACUUAGAUUCUCCAUGCCUGGAGGUGAAUCUUUGGUGCUGGGUGUACCUACUAAAGAGCAAGCAGAGAGCUGGCUGAAGGCUAUUCAGGAGGUUAGCACUGAGGCACACAACACCAGCGCACUGGAGAGUUCCUCUUCUCCUCUACUUCCACGUAAGGUAGAAUUGGACAAGAUGAUGACUACUGACAAACAUACCUCCGAUUCUGACAGUGUUGCCAAUGGAGAUUGUGCUAGGGAGAGUUGUGAAAAUGGGAAGGUGAAGAGGGGUGCUCUCUCUGAGCUGACUGGAUCUAUGAGUCGCGCUGCUGGUCGGAAAAUCAACCGAAUAAUCAGUUUCUCUAAAAAGAAGCCGCCUCUGCCUGGGGACACCAGCACUCUCCCGCACAUCGAUGACAGCCCACGCUGUGGUUAUCUGAAUGUUCUAGUGAACCACUGCUGGAAGGAGCGCUGGUGUAGUGUGAGGAGUGGCACUUUGUAUCUUCAUAAGGACAGAGGAGAUAUGCACACUCAUGUUAAUGCAUUAGCCCUUCAUGGGGUUGAGGUCCUACCUGGUUUGGGGCCCAAGCACCCCUUUGCCUUCCGUAUCAUGCGAGAGGGCAGUGAAGUGGCAUCUCUGGAGGCGAGCUGUUCUGAUGAGAUGGGUCGCUGGCUUGGGGUGUUGCUGGCAGAGGCAGGUUGUGCUACCACUCCCGAAGCCCUGCACUAUGACUACGUGGAUGUGGACACAAUCAGCAGCAUUAGAAAUGCAGCUCGGCACUCUUUCCUCUGGGCCACCUCUUCCAGCAGUGCUUCUACAGACUCUCGCACCUACGACGAGGUUCCGUAUGAGAGUGUGCAGCAGUUAGAGGACGCUCAGCCUAAAUCAGGAGCACAAGUGAAGCGCCACUCCUCUUUUUCCAGUGCAGAUACACCAAAGGUCAACCCUCAAGUCACUGUAAAAAGACAUGGCUCAUCUGUGAAUCAGUAUGGGAAAUAUGGUAAGACAAGAGCAGAAGAAGAUGCACGUCAAUACCUAAAGGAAAAAGAACAGUUAGAGAAAAAAAAAGAUGAGAUCAGAAAAUUUCUGCAGAUACUACGCCAAGAGAAACGAGAGGUGAAAGAGAAGCUUAAAAGAGCCACAGGUACACAGCUGAAGGAGUUGGAAAAGCAUCUGACUCAGAUUGAAGAGAGUUGCAGGGGGAAGGAGGCUGAACGGGUAGACCUGGAGCUGCGGCUCACAGAGGUGAAGGAGAGCCUGAAGAAGUCACUUGCUGGCAGUGUGCUAGGGGUGCCUGCUGAGAACAAACAUGCAAACAAGGUUCAGACCAGUAAAGCUGAAAAUAUUUACAGUGAGGCCUCUUUGACUGUGAACUGUGCCUCUGAGUUACGCAAGCACCCUCCCUCUAUGUACGCAUCUGCAAAAGGAAACGUCAUGCAGAAGGCCAAGGAAUGGGAGUUAAAGAAGGGGACUUGAUAUUAAAGACAUCCAGAAGAAACUGUCUGAUGAUCAGCUGUUUGAGGUAUCCAUAGUGUAAUGUGUUUGAAGAAACUACUUUUUAGUGGUGAUCCCUUUUGACCCUAUAUAUAUAUGUAGAGGGAUAAGUCAGUGGAGCACUGUGGACCAUAGUUAGAGUUAGGCAUGUGUACACAUGGUAUUUUUUUCAACAUUUGGUGGUGUUGUGUAUAUACUAAGAAUGCAUGAUUUUCAUUUUUUAUAAAGAAUUCAUCUUUAUCAAGAGAAUUAAAGUUGUAAUCAUAUUAGUAGAAAUUCAUCAGCAUGACAUUUCAUGUAUCUGCCAGUGGCACGUUUUUUUUUGUUUUUUUGUUUUUUUUUGGGUUUAUACUCACCAACAAAAUAAUCACUCAUCAAAUCCAGUGGCCAUAAAAAUAAUUUGCAACCAACAAAAAGAUACUGAAGCUUUUUUUGUGUCACUCAUAUAUAUAUAUUAAUCAGUAUUAGGGCUUGUGAAUAUUUGUAGCUCAGGAAUACAAAUGUCAUGUUAUAUAUAUUUUUUAUUAUAUCCUUAAACUGUACAACUGUACAUAAAACGUAUUAUUUGCCGCUAUAAUGACUCUUUUACACUAUGGCACAAUUAUGGCAUUAUUUAUUUAUUUCUACUUUGUACAUAAAACAACAUGUGAUGUUGAUAAACCAUGGUUGUUGUUUUGGCUCCUUUUUGUGUCAUUAAGCACUCAAUGUUUCUCUCUAAAAAUGAAGAAAAAAAGUGUUUGUUUUCUGUUGGAUAUAUCAAUUUACAGUAUUUAGCUGACACUUUUAUACAAAUCAUCUUACAAUUAUGACUGAGUAAUAGACACUUGAGUAAUAGAGGGUUAAGGGACUUG